CGGCAGAGGUAGGUAGCAGACAAGAGAAACACCAGCAGCAUUACUUCUCGUUUGAAGAUAAAACCUCCUUAGAAAUUCAUGAAACUCGUAGAUAAUUCUCCUUUUGGGGAAGGAAUGUAUAAUACUACGACUGGGGUACGUAUAUACCCGAAUGUACUCCGUAUAUCGAGAUUCCAAUGAGGGCGCUGAUUCGAUAUCGGGGCCCAUUUGGCAACCCCCGAAAAGGAAGCGUCAUGCCGACUAGCCGGCUGAACGGACCCAACUUCGGGAUGAAGGUGUCCACCCCUAAUUUCUUAGUCCCGAAAAGACGUGCUAACCGCGGAAUUACGUCCAUGUUGGACCAGCAUCCCGUUGCGCUGAUUCGCCGGCGGGAAAAAUCUCGUUCGACAAGUUCUUAAAUCUAUAUGUUAAGUCGGCUGACCCCAUGGGUGCUGGCACUUGCAGGAUUGGUAGAACCCCAAAUUUGGACUAUGCGCUUACAUUACGGUAGUCACGCCGACGACUCGGGUAUGGAUUUUUGACCCACUGUAGUCUCUUCGAAGGAAUAAGAAAAAAAAAAAAAAAGUUAGGUCGCCUGUUUGUCGUAGUUAAAAUCUUUCAGGUGUCGUUUCCUACCUGUGUACGGAGUAGACUACGCGAGACUCGCGGCGUAGGGCUUUUAGGUAUCGUGAUCAUGACAUACGGCCUUGUCGAAAAGGCCUCGAAGGAGACGGUCAGCUCUACCUAUGGGGGGUAUCUGGCCCCCUCUCCGCAUCGAAAUGCCGACCUCGAAUCGCAGCGCCGUCCAAGUACCCUCCAUGAUAGUGUCGAGCUCGAGCGUAUCAACACAUCUCGCCUACAGCAGCAACUUACCGUUGGGUCGAAUCGAAGCCGAGUCCCUCGAGAGCAAUGGCUGCCCAUGGGAGCAGGGAAAGACUACCCCCCUCCCCUACCGGACGCGGAAGAAUACGUGGUCGAGUUCGAAGGAUCGGACGACCCUAUGCACCCUCAGAAUUGGCCUAUGGGAAGGCGUGUUCUUAUAGGAUCGCUCUUGACGUUCUGUGCACUUGUCACGGCGUAUGUGAGUGCUAUUUUCGCCACGGCCUCGGAGGGUGUUAUGAAGGAGUUCGGAUUCGGUAAAGAAGUGGCUGCGCUGGGUACAACGUUAUAUGUACUGGGGUUCUCUGCCGGGCCGACGAUAUGGGCGCCGGCGUCUGAGUUGAUCGGACGACGAUGGCCCAUGUUGAUUGGCAUGUUCGGAUUCAAUAUCUUCACAAUCGCCUGUGCGACGGCGAAAGACACGCAAACCAUCAUGUUGACACGCUUCUUCUCCGGAUUCUGUGCGGCCAGUGUCAUCGCUCUUGUCCCGGCCAGUCUGUCCGAUCUGUUCAAUAACCAUCAUCGAGGUAUUGCAAUUGCCGUUUAUACGAUGUCUGUGUUCACCGGACCUUUCACCGCGCCAUUCAUCGGUGGGUUCACCGCAGAGAGCUACUUGGGCUGGCGGUGGACGCUAUAUAUACCGGCCUUUGUCGGGUUCUUUAGCUUGAUCCUGAUGGCGCUUUUCGCACAGGAGACGUACGCACCCGUCGUAUUGAUGCAAAAAGCGGCCAUCUUGCGUCGACAAACUAGGAACUGGGGGAUUCAUGCACGGCAGGAUGAGCAUGAGAUCGAUUUCCGAGAGUUGGUGACUAAGAAUCUCGCCAGGCCAUUUCUCAUUUUAUUCACCGAGCCCAUCGCCUUCCUUCUGACCUUGUACAUGUCCUUCAUUUAUGGACUGGCCUAUGCGCUGCUGUCGGCCUACCCGAUUGUCUUUCAAGGCACCUAUGGCAUGACCGGUGGUGUGAGCGGAUUGCCAUUUAUAGGAUUGAUUAUUGGUGAAAUAUCGGGCAGUAGCUUCGUUCUCUCGCUUCAGAAGUCAUACUCCCGGAAGUUGGAGGCCAAUAGUAAUGUGCCCGUACCUGAGUGGCGAUUACCCCCUUGCAUCGUCGGCGGUGUUGCAUUUGCAGGAGGGCUCUUCUGGUUUGGCUGGACAGGUUGGAAUCCAUCGAUUCAUUGGAUGGCUCCCACAGCGGCCGGAGUGAUGGUGGGAUUCGGCAUCACCUCGAUAUUCAUGCAGGGGUUCAAUUACUUACUUGAUUCGUAUCUCAAUUUCGCGGCAUCGGCGUUUGCAGCUAACACCAUGAUGCGAUCCAUGGUGGGAGCGUGCUUCCCACUUUUCACGCGACAGAUGUUCAAUAACUUGGGCAUUCAAUGGGCAGGCACUUUGCUCGGGUGUAUCGCCGUAGUGAUGAUUCCGAUCCCGGUGCUUUUCCUCGUAUUCGGGCCUCGACUACGUCAGAGGAGCCGGUUGGCACCAGCCGUGGGGGUAAAACGGGCGUAGAAUGAGGGAAAUUUUCGACGAUUCUAGAGAAUUAUAUUUUCAUAUGAUUGGGUUUCUCUUGCUCAGCUUGUUCGGAAGGAUUCAAUAAAAUUUCCAAAGUCGAAUAAGACCGUCGGGCGAUUCUUUUCUUCCGCCGGCGAUGAGGGAAGGAAAGCCGAAGAUGGUCACGAGAACAAAACCAGUUCAUGGAGUGGACUUAAUUUCCGCGUGAGAAUAACCAAGGAACCCCAGAACGCGCGGAGGGACUUUUCACCAAGAGAGCAGAGAUCGAC